AUGUCAUCAGAGCUCAUUUGGAACGUCAUCAGAGGUAACAACGCUUUCAAGAUUACCAGAGGAAAGACCUCUUUCUCAAGCGAAGCUGGUAAUCUCCGUAACAAGCACAGCUCAAAGUACUCUGGUUUGGCCAACCGUAAGGUCGUCGAUGUCAACGUCAACGCCGCUGGUGCCAUCGAAUUGUCUGCCAAGCGUACCAAGAAGGCUGCCAACCCAGCUGCCUCCUUCGGUCGUGUCCAAUUGUCAAAGAACUACCGUUCAUCCGCCAAGGCCAUCCGUACCCUCACCACCGGUUACGCCCCAGAGCUCCGUGCUGCUGCCCUCGCCCGUUACCACCGUCUCAACAAGACCGCCAAGGCCGCCAACAUGUUGAAGGCUCGUGCUGCCAAGAAGGCUGCCAAGACUGCUGCCAACUAA